GCGUAAUUAUGAGAAACUUAGCUCGAAUUGCCGGUACCUGCGUCUUGAGGCAAGGUUUUCGGCCGCAGGCUACUGAAUUAGAGAACAAAGACAUGAAUGAAGGAGAGCAGCUAUGCGAGGCCGCGAAGAACGGCGACUCCGACAAGGUGAGAGCUCUUAUAAAAUCCGCAGCCGAUGUUACCUAUUUCGAUGCCGAUGGUCUUUCUCCUCUGAUGCACGCGGCUAAACUUGGCCACGCCGAGGUGCUGAAGAUCCUCCUCUCUGCUGGCGCCCCCUGGAACGCUCUUUCUCCUUCAAGCCUCUCUGCUGGCGAUUUCGCUAUGCAGGAAGGCCACCAGGAUGCCUUCGAGGUCCUCCUCAAUGCUGGCAUUCAAGCCGAGUUGAUCCUGGGUACAAUUGCAAGGAGAGAAAGUAAAAACGCCAAUAUUGAUCAAGAUUAUUUGGAAGACAGGGUAAGUUUUAGCGAAGAUAAGCUGAUGGACUCUAAUAGCAAGGCUGUCAUGAUGGCUUGGGAGAAGCCAUUGAUGGAGGCUCAUGCUAAAGCGAUUUGUUCAGGAGGUGGUCACAUACUAAAUAUUGGAUUCGGAAUGGGUCUUGUGGAUACAGCCAUCCAGCAAUAUGCACCUGUGACACACACCAUUGUCGAGGCCCAUCCAGAGGUUUAUGAACGCAUGCUUCAAACAGGUUGGGGGCAAAAGGAAAACGUGAAGAUAAUUUUUGGUCGCUGGCAAGAUGUUCUGACUCAGCUUGAAGCAUACGAUGGCAUUUUCUUUGACACCUAUGGAGAAUAUUAUGAAGACCUAAGAGAGUUCCAUCAGCAUCUUCCUGUGCUGUUGAAGCCUGGUGGAAUCUACUCAUUCUUCAAUGGCCUCUGCGGAAGUAACGCCUUUUUCCAUGUUGUUUACUGCCAUCUGGUUUCUCUUGAACUCGAGAAUUUGGGGUAUUCCACACAAUUAAUUCCAUUGCCUGUUAAGGAUUGCUUGGGAGCAGAAGUUUGGGAAGGUGUGAAACAAAAAUAUUGGCAACUCGAUACGUACUACCUUCCUGUCUGUCAGUCUUCGGUGGACUCUGAAUGAUGUUAAUUCUAUCUGUGUUUGCUGUUUUGAAUGAAAUUUUAAUUAGAAUAGGUUUGAAAUUCUCGCGUCUCUACUGGGGCACUUAGUUUAGAAUUAAUACUGCCGCCGACGGAGAACAAACAACUACACUGUAGCACUGAAGGAUUUUAUUUCAUUGGGCAUUUUAAUACGGGAUAUUAUACAUUAUUAAGAGAUAAA